AUGCGCACGCUUGCUUUGGCAGUGGAUUUGAUUCUGCGUGGCAAGGUGGACUCAGUUGGCGAUAUCAUGAUGCAAAGGUUUGAGGCCCUGUGUAUGAAUCUUCGUGAUGGCGAGGGGCGCUAUGGACAAUUUUUAGAACUCCUUCCAGAAGAUUUGCUGGGCGGCGGAGCCAUUUUGCAAGAAACCGAGUUCGCCCGACAGACGACGGUCAAGACAGCAACAGCAGAAGCCCUGGUCGGGAAGGCGUCAGCGAAAACCGUUAUCUCUACGGAGUCCAUGGGGAUCUGGGGCAUGGCAGUGCCCUGA